UCUCCCCCUCCCCUCUCUCUAAAACCAACAUUUUCUCUUUUACCUGGUCAGGUGCCAAGAGAGAGACACACACACAAAAAGUGUAUUCUAUAGAGAGAGGAGAAAGGGAAAGAUUGUGACUUUGAUGAUUGCCGAAAGUGGAGGGAGUGGCAGCGCAGCAGAGAAAAAUGGGGAGGGCGACAAUAGCAAAAGCAUUUCUCGAACACAAAUCUCUCUCCUUCUCUCUGGGCCCAUCAGUAUCAAUCCCAAACCACACCGUCACUUAUUCUCCUCCUCCUUCAACCAAAAACGUUGUAAAGCUUUCAACUUUCUCUCUCACACCUCCACUUCCACUUUUUCUCGGUCUUUAUUGCCUGCCCAUAUGACACACAAUUUUUAUUUCCCACUCAAAUUGUAAUGGGUUGGUGGAUGCUUGGCAAGAAUUUUAUACCCCCUCUCUUUUUAGUUGUCAAAAGAUAGAUACCCACUCAGGAGAGAGAGAAAAAAGUCCUGUUUUUUUACCAUUACAUGUAUUAGAAAUUUAGAAGAAAACUAUUUUUCUGGGGUUCUUUUUGUUUUUCUUGAUCUGGGUUUUCUUUAUUUAUUGGUGAAUUGGACAGGAUUGACUGGCUGCUUUGACGUUUCGAUAGAAUUCGAGGAGUUUUUAUUUGGGUGUUGAUGGAAAGAUUGGCUUCGUGGUUUUGACGGUGGAUUGGAGAGAAUCAAGGCUCGAUUUUGGUGCUUCAAGGAUUGGAGAUAUAUGACAUUCAAUGAGAUAAUAAUGGAGCUUUUUGAUCUGUUAAUGCAUAAUUGGCUGUUGUCGAGCUAAGUUUUUUAUGUACUUCAAGGAAAGCUUGCUAGGAGUUGAUCAAUUUUGUUGAGUGAAAUUUUGAAGGUGAAUUCUUGAGCUGUGAUUCACUUUGUAAGCUUUUUAUGUAACUGGUCCUUUCGUUCAAGGAAUGAUCAAAGUUUGAGACCUCAGGCGCUGGUUAGGGAAUUGAGUGCCUUGCCAUGCAAAGAAAGUCUGGACAAGUUCAAACUUGACUCUUCGAGGAAGCUCCUUUGAGUUGUUGAAAUUUGAAUUUUUAAUGUCCUCUGACUGUCUGUACUGUACCUGACUGCAUAUCAUUGUUCUUCUUGGCUUAAUCGAACCUGAGAUAUCAUAGCACUGCCUGCGAGAAAAUCUGGAUCAACAAAGCAUAAUACAGUCAAAGAACUAGCCACUCAUUAUGGCAAAAAAAUCACAGAGACGCCCUGUACGAUAUGAAAGAGACCAAUCGGGCUGCAUGUGGGGUUUAAUGAGUAUGUUUGACUUCCGCCAUGGUCGAUCAACGCAGAAGCUGAUUUCAGAUAGGAGGCGUGGGACCAGACAUGCUGUUGUUACUGGAACUCCUAAGAAAAAGCUUGACAAUCUUAGUGAAAACUGCCGAGGCAUAAUUGAUGGUGAAGAGAGCAGAAAAGCAACAAGUGAUACCAAUAAGCUGAGUGUGAAAAAGCUCAUGGAGGAAGAGAUGUUCAGUGAGCUAGACACAAAGAAUGAAAUAAACAAUCCUGAGGUAGAACCAAAACAGUCAAAUUCAGAAAAUGGAGACCACAGAACAAAGAACCACAAGAGAAAAAAAAGUCGCACAAAAAGUUGUGAUAUACACUUGGAGGAUCUUAGUGUUGCUGAAAGCUUGGAAUCUGAACAGCAUUGCCUUCAUAAUUUAGAGAAGCAAUCUACGAAAAGUCUUGAUAUAGGUGAAAUAAUGGAGGAUUUCUGCCAUCAGAUCCAUCAGAAAAGCACAGAUUAUGUGGAGCAUGACCAACAUGAUGAAGUUCAACAUCAGCCAAACCAAAAGAAUCCUGACUUCGAAGAGAAAUUGAGUGAGGUAAUAAAACUCAUAAAUGAGAAACUUAUUGACAGGAAACAUGUCACUGAAGAUGGGGACCUCCACCGAUCCGAAGAACUGAGGGAUGCACUUCAGAUUCUAACUUCUGAUGAGGAAUUGUUUCAAAAACUCUUACAAGGUCCAAAGUCCAUAAUGGUGAAGCAUGUUCAAAACUUGUGCAGUGCUCAGGUUGAGAAAGAUGGCGACUCCAAGUUACUUGCCGUAUCUAACUUGUUAGAACAGGGGCUUCAUGGCUUCAGACAUUCUGGCGAGGCUAUCCAUGGUAAACAACGCAAAUUUUUCAGAAAAAAGACCAAAUCUCUGGAAAAGAACCCAUCAAAGGAAAAUAAGGCAUCUCAAGCUUCAAAUAGAAUUGUAAUAUUAAAGCCUGGCCCGACAAGCUUGCUACUACCUGAAAAUGAAAGCAGUAUUGGAUCAUCACCAGAAUCUCAAUUCAUCAUCAGAAACAAAGGACCAAUUGAGAGAUCUGCUUCUCACUUUUCUCUGACUGAAAUUAAAAGAAAGUUGAAAAAUGCUAUGGGAAAGGAAAAGCAGGAAACCUCUACUGAUGGGGCUUCAAAGAGAUUUUUUAACAAACAUGCUGUGGGAAAUAGUGAAAAAGGAUUCAAGGAGAACCUUGGAAGGAAUUCUCCAAGUAAAGACCACUUCUUUAUUGAAAAAAUUGCUAGACCUCCCAUGGGUGGCAAAAUGAGAGAGAAGACUAGCAAGUUGAAAGAAUCUGAAAUAAGUGUGGAAGAUGAAGCCGUUAUUUAUCCCAAGCAAAGGCCAUCUAACAUCUACAUCGCGGCCAAGAAACAUCUCUCUGAGAUGCUGAGCACUGACCAAGGGGAUGUGGGUUUUUCAAGCGGGCCUGUGCCAAAAACCCUUGGCAGGAUUCUCUCCCUUCCCGAGUACAAUUUUUCGCCGCUUGGUAGUCCAGGAAGGGAUUGGGAGCAAGGCUUUCUGACAGCACAGAUGAGAUUUUCUACCAGUGAAAAAUUUCAGAAACAUGAAACCAAUGUCAGCCAUUUAGGUCGAACAGCAUUAAACUCAGAGCCUCUGUCAUCUGUUUCCAAUGACAGCAUCUGGGAUAAAAAACAAGCUUCUUCAAACCCAAAUGCAAGUGCCUCAAAUGAACUUCAUGAUAAAGAAGAGAAAAACUUUUGCUCUAUCAGCGAUGAGAUGCCUUCUGAAGGUGAAGUGGAGGUUGUAAAAAAAACUGCAAUUGAAGAAGAGAGCAAUAUCUUAGAUACUUUCUCUGAACCAAGCAGCUCUCCGCUUGAUAAACACAAAAAUAGUGAUAUGUCUGACGUUUGUGAUAAAAAAGAAUAUUCAGAAUGCUUGGAACAUGAAUCAUUUGAAGAAAACCAGCCUCUAUCUUCUCCAUUAACAUCUCCAUCCACCUCUUCAAACACCAAAAAACUUAGUUGUCUUGAGGUUACAUCUGAGAUACCAGAACGGCCCAGUCCUAUAUCUGUUCUUGAGCCACUUUUCCCAGAGGAGGACAUCACCCCAGCAAGCAUCAGACUUGAACCUGUUGAACUGCCAGUGCAACCCUUGAGAAUUCAAUUUGAAGAACAUGAACCUUCAGCUGCAGAUCGAAACAUCCCUCUGAAAGCUUCUGUGGAUGGCAAGGAAUCGGUAUUUGAGUAUGUAAAAGCAGUGCUUCAAGCCUCUGGCAUGAAGUGGGAUGAAUUUUAUAUGAAAUCACAUUCUUCAGGACAGCUUCUUGACCCGUCAUUAUUUUUUGAGGUAGAAUUCUUUUCCAACCAGCUUUGUUGUGACAAGAAGCUUCUCUUUGAUUCUGCUAAUGAAGCUCUUGUGGAGGUAUAUGAGCGGUAUUUUGGCUUUGGUUGCUUCCCUGGGAUAUCAUUUGUAAAAUCUACCAUCCGGCCUGUCCCAGACAUGAAAAAUGGCAUUUAUGAGGUUUGGGAAGGAGUCUCUUGGCAUCUCCUCCCAUUGCCAAUGCCUCAUACUUUGGAUCAGCUUGUUAAGAAAGAUAUGGCAAAAACUGGAACAUGGAUGGACCUUCGAUGUGAUAGUGAAACUAUCCUUGUUGAAAUUGGUGAGGCCAUUUUUGAAGAUUUGAUGGAAGAAGCCAUUUUUGGUGAUCUGAUGGAAUAAAAUUUAUCCAUCCGUGUAAAUGAAAAUUCAGAGUGUGGAAAUCAUUUGAUUCCAGCUGAGUUGAAGGAAAGUGUGAGCAAGUGUGGAGUCGUAAUUACAGUUUCUUCUAUUCGUUUAUUGACUGAUCUUGUGUCCAGGCGGGAAUGCAAGCAACCUUUUGAAUGACUUGACAUGACACUUCUUUUACUUUGCCCAUUGAAAUCAUGUGCACAACAGUACAGUUUGGAAGCUCUACUAAACACAGCAUCAAAUGAAUGAAGGAUCUACACUACUUCAAGGGUAAAAAUCACGAGCCCAAUGUGCAAGCGCUUCUUGCUGCGUUGUGAAGACUAGAUUUCCAUGGCAGUUUUUGCGACCAUGACCACCAGAUCAGUGCCUUACAUUCGGCGAGAAUAGUAGCGAUCAACACUGUAGAAUUUGUACAUAUCGUGCCUUGUGUGUUAAUAAAUUAGGCUGUGUGCAUUUUUUCUUUUCUUGUUCUCAUUUCAUUCAUUCUUCUGCAGAGUCUGUGUUACAUGUAUUUCCUUUUAUAUUUACAAAGCUGGGGUUGGAUUGUGACUGUUUUAGCGGGUAGGGGAUGUGAUGACACUGAAUUGUGUAUGCAAAUAACAAGCUGUGACUGUUGUGCUUUGAGUCGCGAAUAAUCAAUAUAGUUCACAUACUUGAUCCAC